AUGCUAUCCAGCCUUCUGAGUUGUGGUGUCCUUGCAAGCGCUAUUUUCGCGAGUUGUGCCGCCACCGUGACGACUGUCAGUGUUGAUGGCACAGCUGCCCACAGCAUUCCGCCUCUGCUUUUUGGACAGAUGUUCGAGGCAAGUCAAUACGGUGAUGGUGGUAUCUAUGCCGAGUUGCUUCAAAACCGCGCCUUCCAGCAGGUGAAACCAAAUAUAAUUGAUGCUCUCUUCGGCUGGGCUCCAAUCAACGGCGCAUCCAUCAAUGUUAUUGCUGACCCCAUCCCGCUCUCCGGUGCCCUGCCCAACUCCCUUGAGCUCACCAUCCCAUCUGGCUCCUUAGGUCAAGUAGGAUUCGGCAAUGAGGGCUAUUGGGGCAUAAACGUCAACGCCUCUUGGACUUACAACGCCUCUUUCUACUACAGAUUUCCUAGGGCAUCCAACUUUUCAGGAAAACUCACUGUCAUGCUCCAGUCUUCUAUUGGUGUAGUCUAUGCAAAUGCCUCCGUCCCUGUCUCCGGCUCUACCACAGCCUGGAUGCAGGUCAUGGUGCAUCUCACUCCUACCUCGAGCCCUGUGUCAACUACCAAUAUCUUCACGGUCACAGUCGAUGGUGCCAGCGCAAUUGGAGAGACGAUCAACUUCGCAAUGUUCUCUCUCUUCCCUCCGACAUUCAAGGGCAGGGUCAAUGGCCUGCGCAUGGACAUUGCACAGGCAUGUUUUCAUCUAGACAGCACGCAGACAUUGUAUGACAUGAAACCUUCUUUUUUCCGUUUUCCUGGUGGUAAUAACUUAGGCCAAAGCUUUUCUACACGCUGGCAAUGGAAUGCGACGGUAGGCAACCUCACUGACCGUCCAGGACGCAUGGGUAACUGGGGAUACAUCAACACCGACGGUCUCGGUCUUCUCGAGUACUUGUAUCUCUGCGAAGAUAUGGAAAUGGAGCCCAUUAUGGCUGUAUGGGCAGGGUACUCACUCGACGGGGCCAGCCUCCCUGAGAACGAUCUUGCGCCAUACAUCCAACAGGCAAUCGACCAGAUUAAUUUUGUCAUCGGUAAUCCAGCCACGAGUAAACCAGCUGCCCUGCGUGCAUCUCUUGGCCACCCAGAACCAUUCCAUCUGCAGUAUGUGGAAAUUGGAAAUGAAGACUUCCUUGCAUCAGAAUCGUAUAUGUACCGCUGGAAAGAUUUCGCGGAACACUUGGAGGCUACAUUCCCUCAUCUGAAGUUCAUCGCGACCUCGCACCCCUUCAAUCACACCCUUGAUCCAAUCCCAAAGCAGUACGAUAACCACGUGUACCAGACACCUGGCUGGUUCGCAGAAAACGCGUUCUACUACGAUUCUGCUGAGCGCAAUGGCACUUACUACUUUGAGGGUGAAUAUGCUGUUGUAUCAACUAACGCCAGCGAUCUCUUUGGAAAACCCUUCAACGGUCGCCUCGUAUACCCUAAUAUGCAAGGUUCUGUAGGGGAGGCCGCAUUCAUGACCGGUCUCGAGCGUAACAGUGACAUUGUAUUCGCUGCGUCGUAUGCUCCCUUGUUAAUGAACACUGCUAACUAUCAGUGGUCACCCAACCUUAUUGCGUUUGACGCGUCACACGUGUAUCCAUCAACCAGCUUUUAUACACAACAGCUCUUCAGUCUCAACCGUGGGACCGAAUAUUUCCCAAGCACCUUGCCUCUUGAAAAUGGCACACUCUACUGGAGUGUCACGCGUGAUGCACCCACCAACACGGUUAUCAUCAAGAUUGCCAACACGGGCGUGACAGCUGAAGAAAUGUUAUUCGAGCUUCCCUUCAAAAGUGUUCACAGCACUGGCAAUGCGACAGUGCUCUCAGGCUCUGCCACUGCAAACAACUCGCCCGAGACUCCCAACGCUGUCAUGCCGGUCAUUUCACAAAUUAAAACUGGCAAGAGUUUCUCAUACACUGCCGCAGCGUACAGUGUCAACGUGCUGCGGGUAGAGGCGAAGUAG